AUGGCACCCACACGUCCACGCAAGAGAAAGUCGGAUGAAAUGGAGGAGUCUCCACGCGCAGCCACUCCCACUCCCAGCGGCAGCCCUGCACAAAAGAGGAUGAGAAUCACCCAGACUCAGAAACAGGCGCUGAUGGACAACUUGCAACUUGAAAUCACCGAACGAGCCCGGCAGCUGCGCGCCGGCUAUGCUCUCCAAUGCGCCGACCUGCGUGCCAGGAUCGCACGACGCGUCAAUCGUAUCCCCAUCGCCGUCCGCAAGAUGACCAUGGGGGACUUGAUGGCACAACACGAGGCCACCAAGACAGUGGCACCUCCAAACCAGUAUCACCAUCGACCCUCGCCGUCCAAGAUGCAAGCCUUGGUCUCGAAAGAGAGGCCUCUCCCGGCGCUGCCGCAGCAACACACAUCGAAGCCGCCUUCUCCUACCCGGCCACGGCCGCAGCCGACAGUCACUCGGGGCCAGAAGCGCAAGAGCUCCGGGAUCUACAUCGCGUCAGACAAAGAAAAUGACACCAUGGACCAACUCCCCGUGGCAAAGAACAGCAAGCGCGCCAAAGCCGGCGCCAAAGCCGUCACCCGGACGGCCUCACGAACGGGCAAGGCCACGUCGGUGCUGUCACCCAGAUCGCACAACUCAAGGACCCUGCCUCGGUCGCCGGUCAAAGACCAUUCGCUCGCCGCACCGUCCUCGCCGGCCAAGAGCAUGAUCGCCCGCCCCGUUUCCCCCCUUAAACCGGCGUCACCGCUCAAGACGGCCGCGACGGCCGCGACCUCUGCCAUCUCCGCCUCCGUGCACGGGAUGAUUGAGCACGCAAAGCGCGGCACCGCAUCGAAGCUCGCCCGCACGGCAUCAAAGGAGAAACAGUUGGCCACGACGGCGGCCAAGGGGCAGAUGUUGCCGCCUCCACGACUGGCCGCGAUGCCCAGUGCCCCGUCCUCGCCUCAACGCGCCUUCAGCCAGGCCAGCAACCACAGCGCCACCACCGACGUCUCCACGGCGUCGAGCAGCACCACUGUUGUCAAACCCAAACGAGGGGCUCGAGCAGCUGCCGCGCCCAAGACGGCUGCGCCAAAAAGCCCGGGCGCCACCAAACGAGGCGUGGCCCGGGCUGCCAGUGCUGCCAAGACGGCGUUGAAGAGAAACAACACGACCGCGAACAAAAAGGUGGUCGUCGAGCCCGCCGCGCCGCGCAGGGUCUUGCGGAAGAGAACGUGA